UCCCCCAAUCCCAAACAAUUCAAUUUCAGAAAAGAAUUUAGGGACUGUGGUAAAAUAGCAUCUCUAAGCUUGCUACUGCAAGAUGAUGCUCAGGUUUUCGAUGUGCAAAGGAAAUGAUGAAGGAGCCACCUCUAUGUUGGGGACAACAGUGUGCGUCUAGAGUCUCCAAUGCCUUGGGACCCAUCAUGAGAAGGAAGUGGUGGGCAUGGAAUAAGUGUUUUGCAAUGGAACAAAUAUGGUUGCUGCUGCUUCUAACAAUUAGAGUGCUUCCAGGGUCUGCUCAGUUCAAUGGCUACAACUGUGAUGCCAACCUCCACAGUAGAUUUCCUGCUGAAAGAGACAUCAGUGUCUAUUGUGGGGUGCAGGCCAUUACGAUGAAGAUUAACUUUUGCACGGUACUUUUCUCGGGUUACUCGGAAACAGAUCUGGCACUGAAUGGAAGGCAUGGGGACUCCCACUGCAGAGGGUUCAUCAAUAACAACACCUUUCCAGCAGUGGUCAUUUUUAUCAUCAAUCUCAGCACCUUGGAGGGCUGUGGAAACAACUUGGUGGUAUCCACAAUUUCUGGAGUCAGUGCUUAUGGAAAUGCAACUUCAGUACAAAUAGGAAAUAUUUCAGGAUACAUUGAUACUCCAGACCCACCAACAAUCAUCAGCUAUCUACCUGGGCUUCUUUACAAAUUUAGCUGUAGUUAUCCAUUGGAAUACCUGGUUAAUAAUACCCAGCUUGCUUCGUCCUCAGCUGCUAUUUCUGUGAAAGAGAACAAUGGUACCUUUGUCAGCACCUUGAACCUUCUCCUUUAUAAUGAUUCAACCUACAAUCAGCAGUUAAUUAUCCCCAGUAUAGGAUUACCUUUGAAAACCAAAGUAUUUGCAGCUGUACAAGCCACUAAUCUGGAUGGCAGAUGGAAUGUUUUAAUGGAUUAUUGCUACACAACCCCAUCAGGAAACCCAAAUGAUGACAUUCGAUAUGACCUCUUCCUUAGCUGUGACAAAGAUCCUCAGACCACCGUCAUUGAGAAUGGCCGAAGCCAGCGGGGCCGGUUUUCAUUUGAAGUGUUCCGAUUUGUGAAACACAAGAAUCAGAAAAUGUCCACUGUGUUCCUGCACUGUGUUACCAAGCUCUGCAGAGCAGAUGACUGCCCCUUCCUUAUGCCGAUCUGCAGCCACAGAGAGAGGAGAGACGCUGGCAGGAGGACGACUCGGAGCCCCCAGGGCCCUUCGGGCAGCGCGGUGCUCUCUGCGGGCCCCAUCAUCACGCGCAGCGAUGAGACUCCAACCAACAAUUCACAACUUGGAUUUCCAAGUGUGCCUCCUUUCCAGCUGAACGCCAUCACCAGUGCACUGAUAUCAGGAAUCGUCAUUCUGGGAGCUACAAGCUUUUCUCUUCUUCUAUGCUCACUGGCCCUUCUGCACAGGAAGGGACCCACCAGUUUAGUGUUGAAUGGCAUAAGAAACCCAGUCUUUGACUGACGGUAACAGGUCCUUGCUCUCUGGAGAAGGCUUCACUGA